GCCCGGGACAGCAUGGCUGCCACGAUUCGGCUGCGGAAGCACGACGUGUUGCAGGCGCUGCGGAGUUCGGUGUAUCCCCGGGUGGGAGGCUCAGGCUCCACAUGCUGCCGCUGCCCUCUCGGAGCUAAAAGAUACCUACUUACAGAUAAUAUUGUGAAAUUAAAAGAAUUUCAGCAUAAGAAGGUGGCUAUUGCCUGUCAUCUUCCUGGCACCAAAGCAACCUAUCUGAGAAACAUGGAGGAGAAAUUGACUCAGAACAAGCUCAUCCUGAAGGAAGAGUUGAAAACCUUGCUUCAUUUGAGCGAUUCCCGGGACGAUAUGGAACUGGUUAAAAAUGUCAUUUACAGGUACCAUGCAGAGAACAGAAAUGUGACUUUCGGGGAGUAUAAAUUUGGACCACUUUUCAUGAGGUUGUGCUAUGAGUUGGAUCUUGAGGAAUCUGCAGUGGAACUCAUCAAAGACCAGCAUUUACGAGGUUUCUUCUCAGACUCCACAUCAUUCAAUAUUUUGAUAGAUAUGUUAUUUAUCAAAGGCAAGUAUUCAAGUGCAUUGGAAGUACUGAUAGAGAUGAAAAACCAAGAUGUGAAGUUCAACAAAGACACCUAUGUCCUUGCUUUUGCGAUUUGCUACAAACUGAAUAGCCCUGAAUCUUUGAAAAUCUGUAGUACAUUAAGAGAAGAAGCCCUGAUCAAAGGAGAAGUCCUCUCCAGGAGAGCAUCUUGUUUUGCUGUGGCAUUAGCUCUGAAUCAGAACCAGGUGGCAAAAGCUAUAUCCAUUUUUUCCCAAAUCAUGAAGCAAGAAAACAUAGUCUGCACUAAUUUAAAUAUUUUGAUUCAUAUCCAGGCAAAUAUGUUGAAAACCCUGAUAGAGAUACUAAAGGAUGCUGCAGAGGGAAAUUUAUCAAAAUUUGUGAGAAGACAAGAGUUCUCAGAAGAAGUGGGGGUACUGCAGGCUGUGAUUUACAUAUGUACAAAAGGACUGUUCACAAGAAAAUGUUGCUCAUGUCCUUAUGCAGUAAUAAUAGUAAACCACAGGAUUAUCACAUCAGAAAUGAACGUGCUUGACUUCUCAGAGAAUGAAAUGCAUGGCAACAGUGAGAAUCAGAAAGGGUCAUCUGACUGAUAUUCGUCCUGAAAGCGACACAAAGCACAAAUGAUGUCACAAUCGCAAAUAUUAUACUUCUUUCUCUUUGUCCACCAUCAUCCAUUUGCAGCAACAUCACUUCAGUUGGACAAUUGCAGUGUCUCUAAAUUGUUUCAGAGGUAGCCUAGUACACCAAACAUCCUCAGGAGCUGUUGAUCUUUUUUCCCCUUGGCUAAAUAUAAACUGUGAAAAUGAAGUAAAAACAACAGCCCCUCUGUGUCUAUAGGGUGGGGACAGGACAGGGUGGCAGAGGUAAGAAAUACGUUGCAGAAGAACUGGCUCAUGACUUCAGUCUUCUUGAAAGCAGAGCUUUGAACUUUUUUCAUUUUAUAUUUUUUAACUUAUUUGAUUGUCACCACUACUCUCCCUUUCCCAUGAUGUAGGAAAGAUUACUUUACGCCCAUUUAACAGAAACUAGAACCAAGGUGUAUGUCCAUUAAGAGUUUCCCAGAGGUCACAUAGGGGGAAAGUGGAAAAAUAUGGUGUAAAACCCGUCUCCUGAUUCUGGACCCCAGGGCUCCAUUUGGUAGACCAUAUUAUAAAGUGUCAUCCAGCUUCACUAAACACAGACCAAAAGCUAGGAGUUAAAGAUGGGUACCCUCUGUACGAAUCAGUGGAAGUCCUCACCCCUAUCCUCCCCUCACCUGAAUGUAAUAGUGCAUUCAUAGUUGAGAACGUGCCUCAUUCCUUUGAAGAUGUAUCUCAGUCAUCAAGCCUACAAGAAGGAUAAUCCUACCCACAAAGUAUUGAUUACUUCCUUGGUUGAGCCCUGCUAUACCUUAAAUACAGUGCUAUCUUUGUGCAUGUAACUUUCACGUGCCUUGGGGCCUGGGUCUUGCUGUUCUUGGAUUCCUAGAUCCUACUACAGGGCGCGUUUCAUAGUAGGCACACAAUGCUUGUGUGCUAAAAGAAAGGCAUGGCAUGAAAUUAAUUCUUUAGAAGUGAAAAUUAAGGGAGAGCCGCGCCUAGAAAAACCUUGCAAAAGUCAUUUACCCUCUCAAAGCCUCAGUUUCUUCAUCUGUAAAAUGGGGAUAAUAAGGAAACAAUAACCCUGAAGAGUUAUUGUAUAUACAAUGCUUGGCAAAGGGCCUGUUUCACAGCAAGCUCUCAGUAGGUGGUAGCUCUUUGUGGUAGCCAGCCUUCAAGAUGGCCCCCAGUGACUUUCACCUCCUAGUAGCCACAGUAUCCUAGUAUCCUAGUUCCUUCUCACACUGAAUAGGGCUGACUAUGUGACAAAUAGGACAUUGGAGGAUUGACAGAGUGUGGUUUAUGAGACUAGGUCAUAAAAAUUAUUGAGGCUUCCACCUUGUUCUCUCUUGGAUCACCUGCCCUGGGAAGAGCGAGAUACCAUAUCAUGAAGACACUUCAAGCAGCCCUAUGAAGUACAUGUUGUGAAGAACUAGGCUUCCUACCAACAGCCAGCAUCAAGUCACCAUCCAUAUGAGCAUGCCAUCUUGGACACUGAUCCUUCAGCCCCAGUCAAGCCUUCAGAUGAUGUAGCCCUGGCCAACAUCUUGACUGCAACCUCAAGAGAGACCUUGAGCCAGAACACCCUGAUUAAGCAGCUCCUGGAUUCCUGACCUAUAGAAAUUGUGUGAAAUAAAUGCUCAUUGUUGUUUUAAGCGGGUAAGUUUUGGGGUAAUUUGUUACAGAGCAAUAAGUAAACAAUAUACCAUCAUUGUAAAUGGUUGUAUGAGUAUCAAUAAACAGAUAAGUGCCACACAGUCAAUCCUGGUCCUUGACCAGCCUCAGUUCACAAGAGCUAAUGGGUAAGGAAGGCUGGUUUUAACCACAUUAGGACUUGUCCUUCCCCCAGACUGAAGAGGUAACUAAGAUAGACAUUCUCAGCACCUGACUUGAGGGAAGUGAGAAGGCCCCCUUGGUGCUCUU